GUAAGUAUUGACUGUGAAAGACGUAUACACUAUAUAGCUAUAUACAUGAUGUAAACUUGUAUAAAUGGAUUAUCUAACUGAAAUACCUUCAAAACAUAUGUUUUAUGCUGUCUGCAAUUGUGAAAUGGAACAUACGGCAUUAUACAAAAAUAUAAAAUAUGAUUUACAAUAAAAAGUGGUUAUUGAAGUGAAAUAAUUAAAGUUUGAAGUUUUAACAGGAAGUUAAAAUGAGGCUGAAGGAAAGGAAGGAUUGUGUGACUGCUGUUGAUGGCGUGUGUCGCUUCUGUGGUUAAUAUAAACUUCACAUUAUCAUGUCAGUAUUUUUGUGAAUUUCCUAAUUAUAUUGUGGAUAUAAUAUUGUCAAAUAAACCAUGUCUGGGACUUUAAGAAGACGUCUUACUAAAAAAUGGAUGAAUGAAGGGAGGAAAAGUCAAAUAGUAUUACCAGAUGAAAGAAGAUUAGACCUACUCAUUCAGCCAAAACUUUACACAAGAGAACUUUUAGAUUUAGUUUCCUCCCAUUUCAAAUUAAAAGAAAAAGAGUAUUUUGGAAUAAAUUUUACAGAUGAUACGGGUCAUAGUAAUUGGUUAAAUUUAGACAAAAAAGUUUUAGAACAUGAUUUUCCAAGAAAAACUGGGAUAUUGACACUCAACUUUUCUGUCAGGUUUUACGCAGACUCUAUUUCAAGUCUCAGGGACACAGCAACUGUAGAAUUAUUUCAUCUAAAUGCAAAACAACUUAUAUUUCGGGACCAGAUAGAAUGUGAUAGCGAUACUGUAUUUGAAUUGGCAGCUUAUGUUUUACAAGCAACGUAUGGAGAUUUUCUUGAUGAAGAAAGUGUGCGAUCUGAAUUAAAGAAGUUACCUCUGAUUCCAACAAGUGCCUUACGAGAACAUCCAUCCAUUUCAUAUUGUGAAGACAAAGUUAUAGGACAUUAUCAGAAGUUAUUAGGAAUAUCAAAAGGAUUGGCUAUUGUCAAUUAUAUGUCCAUAGUUGAGAGUUUGCCUACAUACGGUAUACACUAUUAUGAAGUAAAGGACAAAAAAGACAUUCCAUGGUGGUUAGGACUAAGUUAUAAAGGAAUAGCUGUUUAUGAUAAAUCAGAUAAAAAAGAACCAAGAAAGAUUUUCACAUGGAAAUUACUGGAAAAUUUGUACUAUAGAGACAAGAAAUUCUCAAUAGAGGUUCACGACCCAAAACGUGUCAUUCAAACAUUAAGCAGUUACAACUUGUAUGAGGACGCGAUCAGAGAACCUGUUGACGAAGGGGACGAACUCUCUGAUGCCAUUGUAGACCCAAGUACACAAGUAUCUGUAAGCCGUAGAACUUUCGGUCCUGGAAACGUUGCAGUCCAUGCUUGGUUUGGUUGUACUUCUCAGCUCACAAAAUGUAUCUGGUCCAUGGCCGUGGCUCAACAUCAGUUUUACUUAGACAGAAAACACAGCAAGAGUAGUUUACACACAGUUAGAAGUUCCAGUGAAAUCGCUGCUGAUUUAACGUGUAGUAACAAAAGUUCGUCAUCUCUACCCGGUUCAUUUUCUGAUAUCAGUCGCAGUGCCAGUUCAUCAAGUCUUCCAAACUUGUCAGGAUCAAGAUUUGAUAUAAAUCUAGAUCAACUAGACGCUAUCAAAGCACAAAGAGAGAUGUUUGAAGCACUAAAAGCCAGAAAAGAAGCUUUAGACGAGAAGCUACGCAAGAAGACAGAAGAACUCAAAGUACUAUGUAUGCAAGAAGGGGAAUUGACAGGCAGGUUACCGAGAGAGUAUCCUCUUGCUACAGGGGAACAGGCUCCUGCCAUCAGACGCCGUGUCGGCACAGCAUUCUCUCUAGCAUCAAAAGUACAAGAUGACCAGGCUGAGUCCUUGUCCAAGCUAGAGCUUGAGUAUGAGUUACAGAAACAGAUCACCCAGGCAGCAAACCGUCUCUCACUAGACAAGUCUGUCAGCAAGUACGUUCGUAAACAGAGACGUCAUUCAUUCCACAGAGCAGAGAAAAAGUUAAGAGAGAUGGAGAAGAAGUUAGCUGAUGGCAAGGGAGGUGACUCUACCCUUCCACUCGAUGGAAAAUACAAAUCUGGUAUGUCCAGAAACCAAAGCUUUUUUCUGUUACAGAUGAAUGACAAUGAUGAUCCACAUUCACAGAAACCUAGACGGGAAUCGCCUAGUCGUCAGGUAGUACAUCCGCCAAUGCAACGCUCAAACACUGUCAGAGAAUUGUCACCAACAGAAAGUAGGCCACCUUUAAGUCCAACAUUAAGCAGUCCUGCUUUAUUUCGAGAUUGUGGUGGAGGAUCACAGUCAAGUAACCAACUUUACACACCUCUAACCAACCGGAGCCAUUCAUCUGGUAGUAAUAUGUCAAACCAGUCAGAAUAUGAAAAUGUUAACAACUACAAAGACUAUACGGGAAGUCAGGAUAGUGGCUUUAGUUCAGCUAAUAAUAUGUAUAAUUUAACUACUCAACAGACUUCACAUUAUGAAAGUUCAGACCAGCUAAAAACACCUACAAAUAAAAACUAUUCUGAGAGCUUAGAAAAUGUAUUCGAGGACAAAGCUGCAAACCAUAAUAGUUUAGAUAGCAGUUAUAGAAAGACUGGUAAUCCAAAAAACUAUGGAAGUUUAGAACGUAAUUCCAGACGUAAAAAUGAAACGUGGCAGCCUCGUGAUAGACAACAUAGUGAUAGUGAUGCAAGUAUAAGUCAUCUGUCCGAUAUUGACACUUCCAAAUAUGGUAGUAAAAGGGCGUCUCAAUCCGAAUAUGAUUUAACGGGACAAAAAAGUAAUUUAAUUGAGCUGCCAGUUAGACACGAGGAACAAGGAGAUAAUAGACGACAGCAUGGUCGUUGGAAUGAUGUGGCUCACACGGAGCCAUCUCCCCUUAUACAAAGUCCCAAUCAGGAAUAUCGUGAGAGCAGUGAACCUCAUUGUUAUAGUCCUAGGAGUUAUGAAGGAAAAAGACAAGGUGGGCGAGGAAGCCCUUACAUAGAACGUAGUAUAAUGACUAAAAGAGUGGAAUCUCCCAAUUCUAGUGCUGUUGUAACUGUUACAAAAAUGCAACCUCAUCGUAGUGUAGAAUUAGUAUCUAAACCAUUUGAAAUGUCAGACUUUUAUAAAUAUAGUGAAAAAAUACGUAGACAAAGAAUGAUUGAGAAUUACCAACAGCAAUUAUUAGGUGACUCAUUAUCGCGGUGUAGUUCUCCUUCACAACAUUCAACCGAUAGUGGAGAUGGGUCAACGGGUUAUAAUUCUGUACAUAAAUAUCCACACCCUAACUACAGUCCGUCACAUUCAUCAUCUUCAUCAGGUCACAGUCACUACCCUAUGGCACCUUCAAAUCAUUCUACGCCAGUACGAACACAAUCCCCUUAUCUAACAAGGAAAGGAGAUUAUGAUUCAUCUAGUCAAAGUGCCAGUAUGCCCAAAUAUCAGUCACAAAGUACACAUGUGCAAUAUUCAGUGCAGACAGCUUCAGGAGGACGUGUUGUUAAAUCAGUGCAUACCACUACAAAACAUACUCAAUAUCAACCAUUGACUCCAUUGAAAUGUGACCCAAUUCAUAAACAGUCGAGAACGCCAUCCUCACAGAAUUACAAUCCAACAAAUAGGUAUGGUAAUAAUAAAGUGAACGCUAUUAUUAUAACAGAACCACAUUUUAGUAGAGACGAGAAUUCCCAAUAUUAUGGCAACUAUAAUGUCGUGGAUCCCUUCAACUCUCAGGAGGAUUAUGUACCUGUCAACCCAGUUCAUGAGCAAACUCCCAAACACACUGCUUAUGUUGGUAGGAGUAUAUCGUAUGAAAAUAAAUCUGCGAUUGGAGGCUUCACCGACGAGAUGUUGGAGUGGUGUAGGAAACAUGGACUGAAACGGAGAAAAUCAUAUGUGUAAUCAUAACUAUACUGAUCUGCAGGUUGUGACAACAGCAGAACAUAGAUGAAAUCAACUUCUACAAAGGGAUAGGAUGCGUAUUCCGACCUUUACCAUGAACAGUAGUGGAUUCAAAGGGGAUAGUGGUUAACGAAAACAAAAUAGAGCACAGAACAAAAUCAUUUUUUUUGUCCUAAAGUCGUACAAAAAAGUAUCGCCUCGCUAUGCUCGACUAUAUUUCUACCAUAACAGACCAUUAUGCCACUUUUCUUUAACCAUGUCUAGGACCGCGGACUACAUUGUCAAAAGAGGAAAUGAACAUUAUAUUUAUUGCACACAUUAUUUUAAAAUUCAUUUCAUUGUCGCAUUGGUGCCAAAGGUGCGUACUUUCAGAUAUGUUUUAUACGGUAAAAAAUGAAGAAUUGUUAAAAUCAAAAUUUGUCUUAGAAAAAAAGAAGAUAAAUGUAUUGUUUUAU